AAUGUCCAAAAGAAGAGCACUAGCAGGAAUAGGAAUUGUUUGGACGGCCUCUUCAGCAAUAUCAUUUGUGCCAAUAUAUUUAGGUUGGUUUGCUUCAGAAGAUUUUGAGCUUUACGUUGAUAAUCCUGAAUGUGGAUUAGAUGUCAACCGUCCUUAUGCUGUCAUAUCUUCCUUUACAAGUUUUUAUGCGCCUCUGCUCGUUAUGGUGGUUGUUUAUUCAAAGAUCUUCCGUAUAGCCAGAGAACAGGCUAGAGAAAUAGCAAAACUAGAAAGGUUUGGUAAUGGAGACAGAUUAAGAAAAAAAUCAAAAAAAAUUAGCAGAGAUGCUAAAGCUAUAAAAACUUUGGGUACGUUAAUGGGCUUAUUUUGUAUUUCUUGGCUUCCAUUCUUCAUAAUGUACGUUGUCAUGCCGUUUUGCAAGAACUGUCCUAUGCCAGAUGAAGUGGAGAUGUUUAUUACAUGGCUGGGAUACGCUAAUUCUCUGAUAAACCCUUGCGUUUAUGCUUUCUUAAACAGAGACUUUAGAUACGCUUUCGCUACAAUAUUAAGGUGCAAACGAUUUUGCGAUCGUCGUUCCGACGUAGGACUGGUAUUAGAACAUCGUCAUGUUCGUUUACCAACCUCCGAUUGUGCUGCAGAACUUAUGGAGGAGAAUCGAAGAGAAAUGUCCUCCUAA